CGCAACAAGGAAACAGAGCUUUGAUCCACGGCAGCGAACGAACGAGCGAGCAAUCUAUCUAGCCACCUAGCCAUGAAAGUCUUUUGCACCGUCACGGCGAACAGCGGGGCCCGCGUCCCCCUCGUCCUGGAGGGCGACCACCCGGUGCUCACGCCGGGCCAGCUGCGGGAAAGGGUCUCGGAGGCCACGGGGAUCCCCCUCCCGGACCUCCGGCUGAUCUUCCGGGGCCGGAUGAUCAAGGACGAAGGGGGCAUCGGGGACGUGGUGGCCGAGUUCAAGCUGGAGGAGGACAGCGUGCUGCACUGCAUGGGAAAGCCCGUGCCCGCGGGAGGAGCUGCGGUUUCCGCGUCGGCAUCUGCGUCCGCGUCUUCCGGAGCGGCAGCGGCGAGCGAAUCCCCCCGGGUCCACGCCCGGAGUGCCGUUCCGCCGCUCUCCACGGCCACGGCCGCUUCGGUGGCCACCGCGGCGGCGGCGGCGGGCGGGAGCCCCCCUUCCGGGGGUGCCUCCGACCCGCUGGGCCUGGCCCUGGAACGCCUCCGGUCGGGCAACCCCCCGAGCGUCUACGCGACCGCGGUGGGCACCCUGGGCAAGGUCCUGGGGAACAUCGUUUCGCACCCGAUGGAGGAAAAGUACCGCAGGGUCAAGAAGCAGAACCCGGCCUUUCGCAAGCGCCUCGGGGGCCUGGCCGGGGGGCACGACUGCAUGCUGGCCUGCGGCUUUCGGGUGGAGGUCGACGAGGGAGAGAACGCGGAGGUCUACAAGCUCCACGCCACGGCCGACAGCUGGAACGCCCUGGUGGAGGCCAAGACCAGGGUCGAGGAAGCGGUGGCAAAGGCCGCGGCCGGGGACCGGCAGCAGCCGGUGCAGGCACCCGGACCGGCGGGCCUCCUUCCGGGCGGAGGCUUUCCCCCCCCGGGGGGCCUCCCGAACGAUCCCGCCCUGCGGGACUCGGUGUCGCGGAUGAUGAGCGAUCCGAGGGCCCUGCAGGCGGCCCUGCAAAACCCAAUGCUGCAGCAGAUGAUCCGGAGCGACCCGAGCGUCUCCCCGAUGCUCCGCCAGCACCUGGAGCAGCUCUCGAACAACCCGGCGAUGCUCCAGCAGAUGGCGCGGCAGAUGCGGGACCCGGCGACGAUGGCCAUGUUCCAGCGGGCCAUGGGGGAGGGAGGGCCUCCGGGGCCGGCCGCCCCUCCGGGAGGCCCGGCGCCCCAGCCGCCGCGGAACGACUCGGGACAGACGGAGGAGGAAAUGAUCGCCGAGGCGAUCCGGCGAUCCCUCGAGGACAACUGAGGCACCACCGAAAACGGCAGGACGGGACACGGCGGAGCCGGCACCGUGGCCCCCCAGCGAUAAGGGAUAGCAAAAGUAUUCA